GAUUUUUUGUUUUUUCCUGUUAUUCAAUCUCAGCAUGUUAAUUUAAAUUCAUUCGCUUUUAAUCCGAAAAUCGACUUUAAUUGCUAUAGAAUUGUUGUUAAAAUUUAGUUUCCAGUUGACAAAAUGUUCGCAAUUAGAUCAUCGGUUCCAUUUAGAUGUGAGAUGAACAGGUUAAGAUGUUUUCGGAUAAAAUGUGAUAAUCAAUUUAACCGAAGUUACUCUUCACAUGUUACCUUUAGAAUAACUAAUUGUUUACCGAAUUCUAAUCAACGACAAUUGUUUAAUUUAACGACGAAACAUCGUACAAUGGAUUAUAAUAUAUUCUGGUCAUCGAGAGCAUCAAUAUCUUCCUCUGUGUCAUCAAGCUCAUCAGGAUCUUCAUCAUUCUCAUCACAAUCGACUGAUAUUGAAUUGGGACCUAUGAAUUUAUCUCAAAUUGCUGAUGAAUUAGGAAAAUUAUCAAAUGCUGGUAAAACUGGAUCAUCUCCAAACGUUGCUCAAGAUAGUGUAUCAAUAACUGAUGUCGAUUUAACUGAAUUUACUUCACCAAUCGACAUAAACGAUUUACCUGAAACCUUAUUAACUGCAUCUGACAUUGGAUUAACUUGGUUUGCACCAACCAAUAUAAUCUUUAAAUCACUCAUGGCAAUUCAUGAACAAUUACCAUGGUGGGGAUCGAUUGCAGCUCUUACCCUUUGCCUGAGAAUUUUACUUUUUCCAUUAAUGAUUCGUAAUAUGAAAUCAACAUCAAACAUCUCUAAAAAGUAAAGGAUCUUGAUGCUUGUCGAACUGAAUUUAGAUCUACAAUCGAAAGUGGAAAUCAUGCUUUACAGGUCAAAUCUGCUGUAAAGCUUUUAGAUGCAAUGAAAUCAAACCAAUUGACCGUUUUAAAAUCAAUAACAUCAAUGUAUAUAUUGCGAUAAGUUAAAAUAAAAAGUCCAAUGGAAACUAUCAUGACAACAACCACCAAGGAAAUGCUCUUUCAAGCCUCUUAGUGGGAUUGGCCCCAAAAAUAAACUUGGACUCAUAUUAGUGGUCAGAUUUUAUAGCAAUUACCAGG